AUGAAUACACGAGCAUCUUCCAGUAAAUCUUCCGGAGGACCUCCCCGACGGUCCAGAAGUCCACUUGAAGACUUAAUUAAAUGCUUUUGUGGUGCCUGUGAAAGCUUUUUUAAGCGUAAACAUAUAAUUCAAGCACUUAAAGCAAAUGAAUAUGAAGUUCUAAGCGACAACGAGCUUCGGAAGAUAUUAAAAAAGUUUAUUGAAUUCAGACAAGGUGGAUCGUACAUAAAACCACCUAUUAUGGAGAUAGUUGAAUGCUACGAGUUAUCUGAAAGUAUUUUGGCAAUGGAAGAAGAUCUGGAAGAACGUCGAGCAGAUAUUGACGAUUUAUGUUUUACGGAAGAUUGGGAAGAUCGAUUAGCAGCAGCAAUCGAUGACGGCACCACCGAUGACUUCUUCAAUGAACUCAUGAUUGAAUGCUCAAGACGCUUAGGUGAAGAACCAGAAUAUACCAUGUUCAAAGAAGAACUUAGAAAAAAACUUAAGUGA